CUCAACACCUUCAAGACUCAGCAGAGAAUCGACAUCUUGAACUCAGUGUUCUCUUUCGUCCAUGCUCAGUUCACCUUCUUCCACCAGGGCUUCGACCUGCUCAGAGACAUGGAGCCCACCAUGAAAACCAUGGCAGCACAGCUGUCUCACCUAUCGUCAGACUGUGCACCUAAAAGGAAAGACCUGGAGAACACGCACCUGCUGGUCCAACAGAGGGAUGCUUCAGGUGAGCCGAUGGUCAGCCCGUGUGAGAGCGACGCCAUCAUCCAGGGUUACCUGUUCAAACGCUCCCGCAGGAAAUCCAAAACCUGGAAGAGAUGCUGGUUUUCCAUCAGAGACAAUCAGCUGAUUUACAGAAAGUCUCUCAAAGACGGGAACACGGUUCUGUUCGAGGAUCUCCGACUUUGUGCCGUCAAAACUCUGGAGAACAUCGACCGACGAUUCUGCUUUGAGCUGCUCUCAGUUCAGAAGUGCUGUGCUCUGCAGGCCGACUCGGAGCAGCUGAGGCAGGCGUGGCUGAGCGCUCUGCAGGGAAGCAUUGACCUCGCAUACAGAGAGAGGGCGGAGCCUCAGCUCACACAGCCCAAAGAGCUCCCCCCUCCCCAAAGUGGCACUGACCCCUCCCCGGGCCUCUCGGCUCAGAGGCCCCCGGUGCUCGGCGUGGCCCUCAGAGGCCCAGGAAACAACCGCUGCUGUGAGUGUGGAGAGGAGGAGCCUCGCUGGGCGUCCAUCAACCUGGGAGUCACCAUGUGCAUCGAGUGCUCGGGUAUACACAGGAGCCUGGGUGUUCACCUGUCCAAGGUGAGAUCUCUCACUCUGGACUCAUGGGAGGCAGAACAGCUGAAGUUGCUGUGCGUGCUGGGAAACGAUGUGAUGAACGGGAUCUAUGAGGCGCGAUGUUCAGAGGAGGGGCGAGUCAAACCUAAAGCUGGCAGCUCGAGAGCGGAGAAGGAGGCGUGGAUCAAAGAGAAAUACGUGGAGAAGAGAUUUGUUCUGAACAAUCACGUGAAGGAAGGGGCAGGCCUGCGUCUGUAUCGGGCGGCGCUGGCAGGAGAUCUGGUUGCCAUGGCAGCAGCGUUGGCGCAGGGGGCGGAGGUGAACAGGAGCAUCUCCGAGGAGGAGGAGGAGGGGGGACGCACGGCGCUGAUAGGAGCCGCUGUCGGGGGGUCGCUGUCAGCCUGCGAGUUCCUGCUGCUGAACGGAGCAAACGUGAACCAUCGAGACCAGAGAGGACAGGGAGCUCUGCACGCUGCUGCCACCGCUGGACACACCGGGUAA